UUUGUGCCCCCAUCUUCACUCCUCAUCCCGGGCCGCUGCCUGGGCUCCUCAUUCCACCCUUUCCUUUGCCUUCUUCGCCUCCCGCGGGCAACGAUGGGUGCGGCGUUGUGGCUGCCGUUUGUGUUUUGCGGCUUGGCGAGAGUCGUGUUCGGUUUCUCUCAGUCCUUUGAUAGCGAUUUCACUUUCACUCUGCCGGCGGGGCAGAAGGAGUGUUUCUACCAAACUAUGAAGAAAGAUGCCACCCUGGAGAUUGAAUAUCAGGUGAUUGAUGGGGCAGGAUUAGAUGUGGAUUUCUAUAUUUCAUCUCCAAAUGGAAAUAUUCUGUACUUCGAUCGGAGAAAAUCUGAUGGCGUGCACAGCAUCGAAACUGAGAAUGGAGACUACAUGUUCUGUUUCGACAACUCAUUUAGUUCUAUAUCAGAGAAGGUAGUGUUCUUUGAGCUUAUUCUGGACAACAUGGAACCUGAGGGUGACUCAGCCAAGUGGAAUGAUUUCCUACCAGGAGGGGAGUUGCUUGAUAUGAAACUGGAAGACAUUCUAGAAACUAUAAACAGUGUGAAAGCGAGACUGAGUAAAAGCAACCAAAUUCAGGGGCUGCUUCGGGCCUAUGAGGCACGUGAUCGGAACCUCCAAGAAGGCAAUUACGAUCGGGUGAAUUUCUGGUCAAUCGUGAAUCUGGCUGUGAUGCUCAUUGUUUCAGGUCUGCAGGUAUACAUGCUGAAAAAUUUAUUCAAUGACAAAAGAAGAAGCCGAACGUAGUGGCUGAGAAGUGAUGGUUGAUUAACAAGACAAGGUGGUGCCUGGAAGGGCACUGUAAUUAUUAAAAAUUGUGUAUACAGGGAUUUCCUUUACCGUAGACAUUUAUAUUUAAAGAUAUUCUAUAGGGCUUGUAACUAAGCAACAAAAUGGUCAGAAAAAGAGAAACAUCAUGUUCUUUGGGAGAAUAAAUGGAUACAUUGAGCUUUAAUACUAUUAGCGGCACAAACUGAGAGCUUAAUGCCUUAAAUUCACUGCCAAAACAAGCUGGUGAUCUCUCCUAGCUCAUAAAUAAAACAAUUAAUGCUGGAUCCUCACAACUAGCCAUCUGCUACAUCCUGAAAGCUGCUUUGGACGGAGUCACCAGUUUUCAAGGUUGCAAUAUUAUGACAUGGAACAUUCUGUCAACAUUGUACUUGGACUUGAAUGUCUGACCCUUUUAAGUCAAGUAUAAUAGAUUUUUCUAAAGUACAAAGGCUAGUGUGCUGUUGUAUAUGAGUAAUAAUGCCCUGGGCAUUUGUACCUGAACAUUUCAUAGUCCACAGCAGCAAAACAUGCUGAUUGGGAUCAAAGUGCAAGUUGGCUUCCUACUCACCCAGUCUGCCUUUUUUUUAAGAAGUUAAUUAGUACACACUGCAGAAAUUAUGUAAUAUUUGUAAAUUUCCAUGCAUGGCAAAAAGAACAAUGAAUUCUUAACAGAAACUGUGAUGGUACAAUCUGUGAAUAUUCUGGUGUAAAAUUUCAUCCAGUUACUCUAUCAAUGUGUGCAGCAAUUCAGUAGAUCUACUUGAAGACAAAAUGUAAGGAAGCAACAUCAAAUUGAUUUGCAAAGGUUGAACAAUCUAGGAAAUGCACUGGUCUCCAAAAUACUUCACCACGAUGCCCAUAAUAAUCUGAGCUCAUUUAUUAUGGGCGUUUUGUUUUUAACUACUUGCACAUUUGUGGUACAGUGUGAAGGUUAUUAGUAUUAUAAUCUGUCUUACUCAUCAUUUUAAGGUUGUCUCAGCCCAUUAAUUGUGGUUUCAGUAGUAUUAUAGUUUCAUGGAAAAUCUUAAGUGUAGUUGCACAUUAUGAAAGUGGUUUUUACAAAUAUUGUCAAUCUUGUUCCCUUGGAAUAUUGUUGUUUGGAAAACAAUUCCUUUAAGAUUCUUCAAAACAUCACGUAUAAAUUUUGAUGAGGUUGAACCCAUUUUUACUUUUUAUCCCCCAUGAAUUAUUUUAUAACUGAUUUGAACACUAGAAAAGGCUUGUAUAACAAUUAAAGAUACUGAUUUAACAGAU